AUGGCCGCCUCGUCCUCUUCCGGCUCUUCCUUCACUUCUUCUUCCCUAGGCCGCCCACCCUCGUACGGCCAGCCAUACGCGAGCCCCCUCGACUCGACAUGGACACCGACUUCGGGUGCCUCGACAAUCUCAGCUCUCACAUCAGAGGCCUCGGCACCCCAUGCCUCCCUCCAUCCGCUAGAUCUCGGCCCUCCUGGUUAUCAAGCCACCAUAAUCCUCUUUGAAAACACCCCCAACGAACGCACCGUCUACCUUGGCCCUUGGGAAGUGGUCGGCUCUGAGCAGCGCCGCGUCCUCUGGCAAUGCAGCUACCAGAGCGAGCUUCUAGAACAUUUCCAUCCAUGCGAGCUCGAACUUUUUGUCAGUUUCCGCGAGCCACACCGGGUCCGGUACACGACGGGCGAAGGCGUGGUGAUCCACGACCAUCUCAUGGAGGUCAAGUACGAAUUCACCACCGUCGAGAGCUCGAUCCGCUUCCAAGGAGACGUCCGUCGGAAGGACUUGGUCGACUAUUACGAUGUUGAUGUUGUAUGGUCCGACGUGCACGGAAGAACAGACGGCUUUGGCAACAUCAGAGGCAUGGGACUGGUACAAAGGCUGAAAUUUUGGAGGGACCGUUAUUCGACUUACCACUCACUAACUGUAUUCGCUAAUCGCGCGGGCGGUCGCCAAUAUCGGGAAUACGAGAUACACAACUUCGACGGCGAGCUGCGCAACCGCGACGAUCGGCAUCGCCAAGUCCGCUUGACGGUGCGCGGAAGCCGGCGCAGUAGUGCCCCGGACAGCAGUGGCUCCUCCCGUUCGCGCUUCACCUUCUCACAUCGCAUGCGUCCGCGCGUAAGGUCGGGUUCCCAAGGAGGACAGACGAGCUCGGAAGCAGGCUCGUCAUCUAGCACUCUUGAUUUUCGGUAUUUGGGUAUCCAAUUCAGUAAGCGUGAAGGUACGGCAUAA